AUGCGACAUGGUUGCAUGUGAGAAGCGAAGACAACCCUAGUGAUUUAUUGUCUAGAGGCGUUACUUUAGAUAAUUUAAUAGAUUGUAACUUAUGGUGGUUCGGACCAUCAUUUUUGCAUGACUCAAAAUCGGAUUUUAUUCAUGACAAUACGAGUAAAAAUACGGCAAUCGAAGAUUUACCCGAGUUACGAUCGACCGCGGUAAGUUUAGUUUGCAAUCAGCAAGAUGAACUAUUUAAUUUCGAUAGAUGUUCAUCUUACAGUAAAUUGAUUAGAAUCGGCGCAUAUGUACUCCGCUUUAUAUUGAACUCACGUCUUAACUCUGAGCGUAAACAACUCCGCCAAACCGGUUCGUUAUCGGUGGACGAGUUGAGUGCAUCACGUCUUAUGCUAGUUAAAUUCGCACAGAUGCAAUCGUUUCCGGACGUCUACGAUUGUUUACUUAAAAAUAAACCGAUUAAGACGAAUAGUAAACAAUAUAAUCGUAUAUCUGGUCUUAACGUGUUUUUAGACGAUCAAAAUAAGUUAAAAGUGAUUAGAGUCGGUGGCAGAUUGUGUAAUUCUACAAGUUUCGAUUACAACAAAAAACAUCCCAUGUUAUUGUGCAGUAAACAUAAGUUAACGGUGUUGUUAUUCAAAUACGAACACAAGCGGCUGUUACAUGCCGGACCGCAGCUACUCUUAUCUACUUUGCGUGAAUGUUGGUGGCCUUUAGGUGCUCGAAAUUUGGCAAGAAAAAUAGUUCGAGAAUGCGUUACCUGUAUUCGAAUGAAAGAUCCUACUGAUCUAUCCCCGCUCACGCCUGCCCAUUUCCUAAUUGGUCGGCCGUUGACCUGCCCUGCUAGCGAGGACCUGACGGAUGUGCAGCCUUCCCGCCUGUCUCGCUACGCCAGGAUCGAAGCCCUACGUCAACACUUCUGGCGGCGUUGGUCCACGGAGUACGUUGCGGAGCUCCAGCGGCGAACCAAAUGGAAGACGCAGAAAGACGACAUAGCGUUAAACAGUCUCGUUCUAAUCAAAGACGAUAACCUGCCUCCUCUCAAAUGGCGGUUAGGCCGAGUUACGCGUCUAUACCCUGGGAGCGAUGGCGUGAACCGUGUCGCCGACAUUCUCACGGCGACAGGAACAAUACGACGCAGCUUUUCAAAGAUCUGCCCGCUACUACCAGAGCCGGCAGACCUAGACGGAUGAAGACUACUUUGGGAGAUGGUGCUCCCAAGGCCGGGGGCAUGUUCACGCACCUUCUAGCGACACCUAGCGGCGCUGCGACGACAACUGCUGCUGCGCCCCUCCGCGCUCAUCUUGUCUCGUUCUUUCGCCUCGAUAUACGGCACGAUAAACACGUUACUCGUUA